GGCUACUGAGUUGACUGCAGAAGCCCCAGUACCUCUUUCUCCCUGGAGGACCUACCAGGUCACCCCCUCAAGGAUGACUCCUCUGCCACUUUGGGAUCCCAGCCACCAGGCUAAUACAGGACCCCAGCUGCUGGGGGCCAGCUGUGGGUCAGGGAUAUCUUUGUCUAACAGGACCCUGUGCCAUCCUUCUUGGCCUAUGUAUGAUGACUGGGGCAGGAUGCCCACUACCUCAGGACAUCCAGAAGAGAAGCAGGUGGCAUCUAGGGGCACAGGGCUCCCAGUGAGAAACUCUGAAGAAGUCUUUCUCUUGGACCCUCUGCUAUCCCCUGGGCAGCGUGUUCCCCUAUACCUGCCCAAGCCCCCUCAGCAGGUGAGAAUGAGCCUCCCUACAUUCUCUCUCCCUUUCUCCAUUCAGAGCCAGUGGGACAAACUUCCCUUCCCGUCUUCUCAGGCAAUGGGCUCACUAAAGCUGUUGCUCCCGCCUCCUAUCAUGUCCUCCUCUGUGCAGCCCUCCUCCUCCCAAGGCUGCCCCUUCUCCUCCCAGGCCCGCCCCCCCUCCUCCCAGGCCCGCCCCCCAACCUGGCUCAGCGAGGCGGAGAUGAUCGCCCUUGCUGGUCUGCUGCAGAUGAGCCAGGGAGAGCAGACCCCCGACUCCCAGGCAAGCUCCCUGCCUUCUGCCAGCUGCCCAGACCCUGCCUAUGUCUCUGAAGACCCUGGCCCCAAUGGUGGCCAGAGCUGUUCUGGAAGCACUGACCCACGACCCACACAGAACCCCGAUAACCACCGUCCAUAGUGUCCCCUCCCCUCCCUCCACAGGGGCUGUCUUCUCUCCUAAGCCGUUUUGUUGACAAUAAAUCAGAGUGUGCAAA